CGGAUAUUAUCAUUUUACUGAUCAAACUAAACGAGGAUGUGGUUUAACAUCAUCAUUCAUUAUUUACUAUGGAUAUCCUUUACUCUCACCGUAUUGGCACACUUCCCAGAUCAUUUGUCGACUCCACCAAACAAAGUGGACCAAUUCUGCAAUCUGGCGGACACGUGUAUCCACGACACGAUACCUAUUUGCGGAAGAAUGGGCGAGGAUACCAGAACGUUCCUCGAUCUGUGUGAUUUAUUGGAAUUCGCGUGUGAUACUAAUCAAGUUUACGCUCACGUUGACGACAUGGAAGGCUGUCCACAGUUUAAACAUUAAGUAAAGUAAC